UACAGGAAAACAAGUCAUCUACCAUGAUGGUGCAAAGGCUAAGUGGUAUCACUUUCCUGCUGUUGCUGUGUCAACAUGCAUGUGCAAAUGUUAAACCAAAACAGGCAGUGGCCUGUCAAGAAGGAAAUGCGUAUCUCACAUGUGACUCUGGAUUCAUACAUAUCCUGGAUGCCAACUAUGGACGGACUGAUAUAUCAACUUGCUCAGAAGGAAAACCACUUCAGCAGAUCUCAAAUGUUUACUGCUACCAAGAAACAUCCUUCCGUACGAUGAGUGUUAGGUGUAAUGGAAAAAGAAGCUGUACUGUUGAUGCAGAGAACUCAGUUUUCUCCGAUCCUUGUUCUUCGACUUUUAAGUACCUGAAAGUGUCUUAUGAGUGUCGCCAACUGCAACAAAGCAUAACUUGUGAAAAUUUCCAAAGUGUCAUUGCCUGUGACGGUGGCAUUAUUUCUAUUCAUCAUGCCAAUUAUGGACGGCGGGAUUCUGCAACCUGCCCCCAUGCAACAGCAACAUCAAUCUGUUACUUUCCUCAGACCACUGGCAUGCGUUCCAGGUGCAAUGGAAAGAGGUCUUGUGAUCUAGAUGCUUCAAAUCAGGUGUUCUCCAAUCCAUGUGGCAACGUCUAUAAGUACCUGGAAGUGACGUAUUCCUGCGCAAGAGUUUAGCACAAGCUGCAUCAGUCGGUAUGGAGACAGCCUGGAAGAGCAGAAGCAGCACAUCCUUUUCAUUAGCACUGUUAUUUCUGUUUCUCUUUUCUUUAAAUUUGCUCUGAAACUGUUAUUGCUAAAAGCUUUAUACAAAUAAAUUGCAUCUGAAAUGAAAUCUUCCUU